AUGACGGGACAUAAAUGUAUCUGUCCUUUGCACUGCAUUAUGGUUCAGUGGUCAUCUGGAGUCAGAGCGCAGUGCUCUGAAGAGGAGAGAGUGGGAGAGGAGGAACAGGAGGUCCAACAGGAUGAGGAUCUGUUCUCAACUGGAUUCAACCUGUUUGGAGAACCUUAUAAAACCAAUAAAGGAGAUGCAUUGGCCAGUCGUGUUCAGAACACACUUGGCUCCUAUGAAGAAAUGAAAGACCUGUUAACGAGCCAUUCCAACCAGAGCCACUUGGUGGGAAUCCCCAAAGGCAGCAACAAUCCACAGACACCAGCCACCUCAGCGACAGAGAGACCCACCAUGGAGUCCCAGCUUUUCACAGAAGCCCUGAGGGGAGGAACAGCUGGAGGAGGAGUAGGAAUAGGAGGAGGAGCAGAAGGAGGUGCAAACAAGAGGAUGGGAAAUGCAUCUUCCUCAUCUUCAACCUCUAUGCAACCUCCUGCUUCGACCACACCGUCAUCAAGUGCCGCAACGCUCCAACAUCAGAAUUCAAAGAAGUCCCGUAGCUCCAUGGACUGGUCAAGGGCAGGCCACGGACAGAGUGGCCAAGGAACAGGCCUUGUUCUGGGGUUAGGGCAGAACAGCCAGGGGCAGGUCACAGCAGCUACGAGCACAAGAGGAAAAAUGUCUCUAUUAGAGGAACAGAGGCAGGAAGAGCUGUUUAGCUCACUUAAAGAUGAACUUGGUCUCAAAGGAGACUCAAGCCCUUCUUCUUCCUCCUCUUCCUCCUCUUCCUCUUCCUCCUCUUCUCGGAGAAGGCACUCUUCCCAUCCAUCCAAAGCAGUCCCUCUCCCAGAUGGUGCCACUUUUCGAUCUUCCACCAUGGAUGGUGGCCCUUUCAAGUCUUCCGCUAAUACAGAAAAUGGUGGACAUUUUAAAUCCUCGCCAUUUGAAAAUGAAACAGGUUCUCACCUGUCUACAUCCUCCUCCCCGCUGGCUUCCACAUCAGUUCUGACGACACCUACUCCUGGUCUAACCACACCCACAUCUGGACUGACAACUCCCACCUUCCCACCUGGUAGCCUCUCUGGGAAGCCAAUUGCAGUGCAGCAGAAGCCCACAGCAUAUGUUCGACCAAUGGAUGGCCAGGACCAGGCGCCUAGUGACUCUCCCCAGCUUAAACCCCCUCUAGUGGCCACAGAGGGAUUUAACAACAGUCAGGCUUAUGGAGGAAACUCUGGGAAUGUGAAGAAUAAACUGCCAAAACUGACUCUCAGCCAUACAGGGGAGGUCAGCCUGCCAAAUGACUCCAGCUGUGUUGAAGAGAUUUUGAGGGAGAUGACACAUUCCUGGCCUCCUCCUCUCACAGCCAUACACACUCCAGGGAAGGCUGAUCAGACCAAGUUCCCCAUUCCAAACAAGGAGUCACAGCAUGUGACCUCGGGCUACAACACCCAGAAGCGAUGUACUGUAUCAGCUAACAAGCCUGCUGCUAAACCACCAACUGCACCACAGAAGUCAAUGUUGGAGGAUGACCUGAAGAUCAGCAGUGAUGAGGAAGAGGCCGAACAAAAGGUGUCUGACAAGCCCAAAGCCAGAGGCACUGCCUUAAGUGGCGCAUCAGGGAGCAGCAGUGAAUCAGAGAGCAGCUCAGAGUCAGACACAGACGAGUCAGAGAGCAGCUCGAGCGACAGCGAGUAUAAUCAGGCCUCCCGCACAAACACUCCUGAGCCUGAGCCCCCCUCCACCAACAAGUGGCAGCUGGACAGCUGGUUGAACAAGGUCCAGGCCCAAACUAAACCCCUGGCUCCACCACAGCAGGAACAUCAUGGCACAAACACCAUCACCCAGGGUCCAGAGACUUUCUCUCCAGGGAGUGAAGCACCAGGAGUGGCUACGGCUGCUAAGUCCAAGCCCUGUGGAUCCAGCAGCACUCCUGUUCCAGCUGCACCAGCAGUGGAACACAAGGAUACAAGGGGAGCCUUAUGCCCAAGCAGAGAGAAGGCCAAGGCUAAGCUCAGUCAGAAGGCCUCAGGAGAGGGUCAGAGGUCAAAGAUGAGGCUAUCACCGGGCCUGCUGCCUGGGCCAGAGGUCACGACCCCCAGGAGGAACACCACAGGAAAGAAACAGCCCAGACGGACAGACAGGUCAAACGGUGUGGAGGAUAAUCAGAACCAGACAUGGAGCAGAGCAAACCAGCACAGCCCUGCAGCUAGGGAGAAGGACAACCUGUUGCCUCCUCCUUCCCAGGAGCAUCAGAACCCCCCGAGGCCACGAAGCAAACACCCCAGUGGGAAAACAGCCCCCAGGAAAGAACCUCGCAAUGCUGCCAACAACAACGCAGUAACUCCACCAGCAGCGCUACAGCAAACCCCAGUAUCAAUACCUGCUGUCAGUGUAAACCAGGACAAGAGGAAACACAGAGGUCCGAACACCAGAAUCACACCCAAGUCCAGAGAAUUCAUCGAAACAGAUUCCUCCUCCUCCUCCUCUGAAUGCCAGUCAGAUUCAGAGGAAGCGAUGAAAAUCCCUGCUCUGCCAUCUCAGAUGACACGCUCUGUGAUUAACACACAGUCUGGGUCCAGCACACACAUGCACACGCCUCUUCUCCCAUGCCUUACCUCGGUCGGCAGUAUGGGAACCUUUGGAGGGAAGGGACUUCGAGUCAAAGAUGGUAGCAAUGUGACCACUAAUGGUAGUAGCAGUAGUAACAGUAGCAUCAACAGUGGCAGUAAUGGCAGCAGUAGCAGCUGUAACUCCCUCAGCAUUAGCAGCAUAAGUGGUUCAUUUGACACUUCUGUUCCUGAUCCUGGAGGGUUAGGCGGACAGUGCAAAGACCUGGAGUCCAUGUCACCGCCCUCCAACAUGGGUCAUGAGGUUGUUCCUCUCUCCCCUCUGAGGGAAUACCAAGAGAUUCAGAGUUUAUGGGUGAAAAUUGACCUGAGUUUUCUCAGCAGGGUGCCUGGUCAGGUUUUGGGGGAAAGAUCCAGAGCAGGAACCACAGAAAGGGGUGUAAGUGAAGGAAGACAGGGGGAGAGGGAGAGGAUGGUGGUGGUGGAGAGAGAAAAACAGAAGCAAGAAGAGAGAGAGUGGCCAGGAUUGAGAGAGAGGCAGAAGGUACCCAAAGGGGAGAAACAGGAAGAAGAAAAUGAGCGAUUAGUGCAGGACAGAGAGAGGCAAGGUGACAGAGACAGAUUAACGGAGAGAGAAAGGCAAAUGGACAGAGAGGACAGAGAGAGACUGGGGCUUGGGGAGAGGCAGAGGACGACAGGGAGAGACAGAGAGAAGGUAUGCCAAGGUCUGGGGGUCCUGGAUAACCCCCCAGUGCAAGAGCAGAGUAAUGCCAGGCUGGCCGGCAGGACAGAAAGAGGAGAGACUGGAGGCAAACACAGGAGGCAGGCAGGUGGAAACAUCAUGGGCCCAACAGAAAAACACACCAGCAAGAGCAAGAGAAAACAUAAGUCUGAACACAGUGAAUCAGUCAAUGGCAAUAAGAAGCUGCGGUUGGACAAAGACUGUCAGCUCCUCCCACCCUGCAUCUCUCCAAUACACAACCAGAAGAACAGCUCCACAGAUAGCUCUCUAAACAGGAAGCAGUCUCGGCGGCGUGAUGAGAAGCUGCUUCCACCCCUCCUGUCUCCCCUUUCUGAUGAUCCCCCUCGCAAACGAAUCUGCGACAGCAGUUCCGCUCUCAGCCAGGAGGUCAGCAGCGGUGGGAUGCUGCCCUGCUCCACCUCUUCCACUUCCUCUCACAGACACAGGAGAGGCGAAGGCAAGGCAUCGUCACAUACGAGGAAUGGCAGCGAAACAGAUCCCCAUGGCGAGAAGCCCAUUGGGGACGGUUACCAUGCAAACGAACAGUCAGACUCGGAGAUGUGGUCAGAACCUGUGCCAGAACCUGCUGAAUCUCGCAAACCCAAACUGUCAUUUAACGACACGGUCCAUAGUGCAGAUUACUACAUGCAGGAGGCGAAGAGACUGAAGCACAAGGCUGAUGCUUUGAUGGACAAAUUCGGCAAAGCGGUGAACUACGCAGACGGCGCCCUCUCCUUCAUAGAGUGUGGAAAUGCUAUGGAGCGAGAUCCGCUAGAGGCCAAGUCACCGUACACCAUGUACUCUGAGACUGUCGAGCUAAUCAGGUAUGCCAUGAGGCUGAAGAACUUCAGCAGCCAUUCGGCCACCAUCGCUGAGAAGAAACUAGCUGUGCUGUGUAACCGCUGUCUGUCUCUGCUGUAUCUGAGGAUGUUCCAUCUGAAGAAAGACCACGCAGUCAAGUACUCACGGUCACUCAUCGAGUACUUCAAGAAUUCAGCCAAGAGUUCCCACCAAGCACCGUCUCCCUGGAGGACCAGUGCGAAGGUCAAUGGGACUCCAUCUCCCCUCUCACUCAGCCCCUCGCCAGCCAGCAGUGGAGGUGGAGGAGCAGGAGGAGGAGGAUCUGCAGGUGCCCCAAGCUCUUCAGGAAGUGUGGCCAUUCCCCAGCGGAUUCACCACAUGGCUGCCAGUCAUGUUAAUAUCACCAACAACAUCCUGCGGAGCUAUGAACACUGGGAGACAGCUGACAGACUGGCUACUGAUAGCCAAGAGUUCUUCCAGGAGCUGGACUCGGUGAUGGAGCCGUUGACUCAGCAGAGCACCAUGACAGAGCUGGUCCGAUACAUCAGACAAGGACUGCACUGGCUUCGCAUAGAGGCUCACCUGCUGUAAGGACUGGACCAGAGCCAAAAUUUUUUUAAAAAAAGAAAGAAAGAAAAAGAAAUGGGCCUGGGAGCUAGAACUGGGAUAACAAGUGAGAUGAGACUCAGGACGAUGCUUCAGUUCCCACUGGGAUCCUUCCAAUGACCCGACACCACUCACAGCAAUGUAACAGCAUAGGCUGGGUGGAUUAAUUGGGCUGAAAUUCACCUGCAAUUAGGCCUGAACAGUAAUUAAGUUUGCAAAGUUUAAAAGUGAAUCACACGAUAUAAAUUAGCAUAUUAAAAAAGGGGCUCAUGCUUUACUUUUUAGAGCAACUGUAACAGUAUAUCAGUGCAGGUAGUUUGAAUUCAUAAAGGGGCAACAGAAGUUACCAACCUCCCUGUGUCAUUGCAUAGAAACAAGAACAAGAGAGGAAAAAGAUAGAUUUACUUAGAUCAUUUUCAAUAAGAUACAUAAGAGGCUGGUGUGAUUAAAAAGGAUGAAGGUAAGAAGGAGGUUCAUCUGUUCCAGCAGUGGCCUAGAAAUCUGUGAUUGGGACAAGAAUUAAAGCCUCAGGCCUAUAUUGAUCCAAGAGAGCACUGGUCUAAUCCAUUAUAUAAGUACCACUGCAGUAAGUAAAGGGGCUCAGGUACUACCACUAGAGCCUCCAUCAGGGCUUAGGUUAGUCCUCUGCUGCUAUUUCAGUCAAAUACUAGAAGCAGCGUUUUGUAUUCCUUCAUUAAUUUGACAUCAUACAGUAAUUAGUUACAGUGAUACAAAAUGGAUUCUGAAGAACACGUGCUGAAAACAAGUAAGUCAAAUUUUACAUUUUUAAAGUCAUAAACCUUAAGAAUUUUUUGCAUGGCUGAAUUUUAUUCUGCUAUUGCCAUGAAACUGAAUUACACUCAUUAGUAACCUGUAGUUUGCAUUAUCAGUGGCAGAGUCCACCAUUGUUUCACAUUCAAAUCCACACAUGCACAAGAGAUUAGUAUUAUGCUAAACCAGUGAAAUCUUAAAGGUUAUAACUUUAAAUCGGUCCUUAAUCCUGGGUCCACACGAAAUCAGAUUUUUAAUGUUUGUUCAAAUUUCCUCGUAUACCUCUAAAUAGGGGCAAUUUGAAAGUCUGAAAGCUUUCUACACUAUGUCAAUCCAAUCCCGAGUUUAUGUGCCAAAUACUAAACUAGUAUAUAAAAAAACUAAAAAUGUGUUUUUUGACAUAGUUUAUAGAAGUUAGAUGUUGUCUAGGAUUUUGCCACAAUAAAAAAAUGUCUACCUUUUGAAUUAAAUUAGGAACUGUCUAAUCAAAGACUAAGUAAAGAAGAUAAAGAAUUUAACCAGGUAUUGUUGCUAGCUUUUCAUACUUGAUUGUUUUUGAGACUUGCUGCAUUGGACAACUUUUAGUCCAAAAA